UGGACUGCGCCUGAGAUGCCAAGAAUCGGAUGGAAAGUUAGCUCUGGUGUCAGAGCGGCGAGUGUUAAUCAUGCCCUAAUUGUAAUAUUCUUGGAAUACUUCGGCUGGGGCCUGCUGACGAUGCCCAUGAUAGCCACGCUGAAGGAAACCUUUCCGGAUAAUCCGUUUCUUAUGAACGGUCUGGUCAUGGGCAUCAAAGGUAUAAUCUCGUUCCUCUCGGCACCGCUGAUCGGAGCCCUAUCCGAUGUCUGGGGACGCAAGGUGCUGCUGCUGGUGACGGUGACAUUCACCUGCCUGCCCAAUCCGUUGAUGUUCAUCCACAACUGGUGGUUCUUCGUGAUCGCUUCACUCAGCGGUGUCUUUGGGGUGACCGUCUCGGUGGUGCUUGCCUUUGUGGCUGAUGUGACAACGCCAGAGGAGCGCUUGAGGUCUCACGGUAUGGUCUCGGCGACAUUUGCGACUAGCCUAGUGAUAUCUCCGGCUUUGGGUAACCUCCUGAUGAAUCUGUUUGGCAUCAAUGCAGUGGUGCUCUUCGCCACAAUUAUCUCAGUGAUGGAUGUGCUGUUUGUUUGGCUGGCCGUCCCGGAGAGUCUGUCCACGAAGGGGCGCACCAGCAUCAGCUGGAAGCAAGUGAAUUCCUUUCGGAUAAUGCGGCGCUUGGACUCUGAUAUCCUGAUUCUGUGCCUCAUCGGAGCCAAGCGAUCGAUCCUCGUGGGCUUAGGAUUGAAUAUGCUGCAGCUGCUCCUGUUUUCUUAUGGCUCGGAUAAAUGGAUUUUGUGGAUGGCGGGCCUUGUCGCCGCCCUGGGAUCCAUUAGUUUCCCGGCGUUGUGCGCAUAUGCUUCGAUAUAUUACGACUCGGAGAGCCAAGCAGCGGUGCAGGGCAUGAUCAUUGGGUUAUCCAGCCUAUGCAAUGGCCUUGGACCCGCCGUGUUCGGUAUUACCUUUUAUCUCUCCGACAUGGUCCAAAGUGAUGGUCUUCCCGCGAAUAAAGACAACUUUCAGCAGCAUACUGUGGCAGCUCCCUUUAUGUUCGGGGCCUUCUGUGUGCUCAUCGCCAUUCUGGUGGCAAUCGUCAUGCCCUCGGGACAGGAGUCAAAGGGGAAGAAACCUAAUUUUUCCAAGAUACAGGAUGUGAUUUAAUUUUUUAGCUAAGUCCCCAUAUCCAUCCAGAAUUAA